AUGUUGUCGAUGCUGGAGGUCAAAGGCACAGCGACGGCGAGUGUGGUGACCGUGAGUGCAGGUGCUCGUCUUGUGAUGAGGGUACCGGGGAAGUGGCAGCCAACGUACAGCAGCCUUGCUGCCGGCACUGGACCCACUGUACGGGGCACCGCGCCGCCGGGAUCCAUCAGUGACCUCAUGACGAAGCCUUCCGAAGGCACCGGACAGUUGCAACUUGCCGCGGUCCGUCAGCCUGACGAUGCAUCAGUUGGAACCCUGAUUACGAAUCUCACCUUCAUAAAGUUUUCGUCUCAAGGCAUCAACGACAUACGACGACCCAAUCCCUCGGAUUUCUCUCCCUCCCGUUCCUCAACAAUUCCUUUCCUUUGGGCCCGUCUCGUUGCGGAAGUGCCAUCUCAUCCCUUCUUUUACAUCAAACUACCUUACACCAGAACUACAACUGUGGGACAAGCAACAUCAUUGUCAACAUCGAGACAAACUAAGAUGGCCAAGCAUCAGUUACAGCGGCUGCAGUCGCCGUCCCGGACAGCGUCUCUGUUGCUGCACGUCACCGGCAUCGUAUCGUUCAUCGCAUCCUUCAACUUCCUGAAUGGACUCACUCACGACAUCUCCAUGGGUUUCGGAGGAAACUACCAGCACCUCACCAAUAUCGGCCUGAUUUUGUCGUUUGUGACAUUUGUGAUAGGGCUGCUGGCCGAUAUCACCCUCAGCCCUUCAUUGUUUGCUGUAAAGAACGCCCUGUCGACCACGGCAGCACCGCUUGAGGUGCUCAUCAGCAUCUUGUACUGGGGAAUCCGCUCCAUUGAUAAGCGAUUGCUGAUUCCCGAGGGAUUCGAACUUCACUGGCUACCGGACGUUGGAUUCCACCUGGUCCCUGCCGUGGUCCUGUCUCUGGACCUUAUUCUGUUCAGCCCGCCAUGGACGAUUCGCGCAUACUCAGCCAUGGCCAUUAGCAUGAUCUUCGCCUUCCUGUACUGGGGCUGGGUUGAGCUGUGCUUCAGCAGGAACGGAUGGUACCCCUACCCUAUUUUCGAUGUCCUCAACACCGUACAGCGCGUGGGGUUGUUCACUUUCUCAGCCGCGCUGAUGACCGCGAGUACCAGUCUCUUGAAGUGGGUGUAUGGCCGAUUUAACGGCUAUGUGAAGAUGGAGAAGGAGGCUUACAAGCCCCUGAAAAAGACGAUCUAG